CCAAAAACAGAGAUAUAGGCAAACACAAAGGGAGUAAAGCGUAUAUUCUGUUUUUCAGAAAAAGGUUGUUGGAAGUCGUCGUUUUUUUCCGCAGAAUACUGAGAUGGAAGUCAAACUAUAUUUCUCUUGGAUAUUCUGAAAUUCUCUUUCAUUUGAGAGGAUAUGGAGUCAACAAGUACUGUAGACGGUGCUGGUGCUCCGUCGUCGGUGGCGGUGGCUGUGGCCGUGAAGGCUGGUGGUAAUCCCGGAGGAAUUGGCGGCAAAGGCAGUAGAAGAGCUGUACGAUGGGCAGUGGAUAAUCUGUUUCAGAAAGCCGAUCGUUUCAUCCUAAUUCACGUUAUUCCGAACCUCACUUCGAUCCCUACUCCAUCAGGAAAUCAAAUCCCCAUUGAGGAACUGGAUGCUAAUGUAGUAGCCAUGUAUGUAGAAGACAUGAAAUCACAGAUCGAAGAACUAUUUAUACCAUUCAAGAAGCUAUGCAAAGGCAAAAAGAUAGAAACAAUGGUGGUGGAAGGGGAUAAUCCUGCAUCAGGGCUUGUAGACUAUGCAUCCAUGUCAGGAAUCAAUAGUUUGGUUCUUGGCUCUUGCUCAUCCAAUUGGCUCACCAGGAAACUAUAUGGAGAAGUACCCUUGGAUGUUCUAAAACAAGCUCCAAAAACAUGUAAUAUAUACAUUGUAUCUAAACAUGGACUCAUUUCCAAUUCAGACAGCAGUACUUCCAGCCACCAGCUGUCUUGUGGCAUGAGUCAACUAUGGUGUGGCCUUUGUUCUUCUUCUAAUGAAUUCAAAAUCAAAAGCAAUACACUUGAAACAUCAUCUGUGGCAUCAAACCAUGAGAAAGCUUCAAUAAUUUCUAGUACUGAUGAUAGGGGGAGUUCCCGAAUCGCAUUUGGUGAUGUGAUUUUGCAAAAUGGAACUUCCGUGUCUUCAACAUGUUCAGAUAAGUCAAACUUGCAUGCUGAAGUUGAAAAACUCCGACUCGAGUUAAGACAUGCUGUAAACAUGUACAAUCAGGCUUGUGAUGAACUGGUUCACACCCAAAACAAGGUUCAAAUGCUUUCAUUUGAUAGCAAAGAAGAUGCCAAAAGAAUUCAUUCUUCAGUACAAAGUGAAGAGAAAUUCCGGAAAAUUGCAGCCGAAGAGAAAGAAAAACAUCUGGAAGCAAUUAAAGAAGUUGAAAUGGCAAGAAACAUGUUAGCAAUAGAGGCUUACGAAAGAGAAAUAGCCGAAAUAAAAGCCAUGAAGGAAUCCUCCGAGAAACAACAAAUUGUCGAAGCAUUAUUUAACAACAAUGACAAACGUUACAGAAGAUACACAAUCAACGAGAUUGAAUUCGCAACAGAUUCCUUCUCAAAAUCAAAAGUUGUAGGUGAAGGAGCUUAUGGUAAAGUCUACAAAUGUAAUAUAGACCAUACCACUGUAGCCAUUAAAGUUCUUUGGUCCGAUACAUCCGAAAAGAAACGCGAGUUCCUAAAAGAGAUCGAGGUUCUAAGUCAACUAAGCCAUCCACAUAUACUACAACUUCUUGGAGCAUGUCCCGAAAGAGGCUGCUUAAUAUACGAAUACAUGGAAAACGGAAGCCUCGAAGACCACAUCUCCCAAAAAACCACCAAACACAAUCUUCCAUGGUCCACGCGUUUUCGUGUACUAUUUGAAGUUGCAUGUGCGCUAGCGUUUUUACAUAGCUCAAAACCCGACCCUAUAGUACACCGUGAUUUAAAACCGGGAAACAUUUUACUUGACGGAAAUUUCGUGAGCAAAAUUGGUGAUGUGGGAAUGGCAAAACUUAUUACGGAUAUGGUUCCCGAUAAUAUCACGGAGUAUAAAGAUUCGAUUCUUGCGGGGACCAUGUAUUAUAUUGAUCCGGAGUAUCAUAGAACGGGUACGGUUCGACCCAAAUCGGAUUUAUAUGCUUUUGGGAUUAUAAUCUUGCAGUUGUUGACUUUGCUUAAACCCAAGGGGAUUAUUGAGAAAGUUGAGUUGGCUGUUUCUCGUGGGAAUUUGGUUGAUGUGUUGGAUGAUUCGAUAAGUGAUUGGCUGUUAAUGGAAGCGGAAGAAUUGGCUUUGUUAGGUCUGAAGUGUUGUAGUCCUAGAUGUAGGGAUAGACCGGAUCUUGAUACGGAGAUACUCCCGGUUUUGAAGAAGCUUUGUGAAGUUGGUGAUACGGGUAGGAAGGUCGGGGGAAACAGCAAUAAUAAUGAUGUUCCUAGUCAUUUCUAUUGUCCAAUUGUCCAGGAAGUGAUGGAUGAUCCUCACAUUGCUGCUGAUGGGUUUACAUAUGAACAUAGAGCUAUAAAGAUAUGGCUUGAAAGACAAAACGAAUCACCAGUCACAAAGCGUCGCCUAAAACACAAAACCUUAACUCCCAACCACACAUUGCGCUCAGCCAUACAAGAUUGGAGAUUACUUUCAACAUCCUCAAACUCAAAGAACUCAGUAUGAAAUCAAACAUUUCUCAACUUUUGAUUUAAAUUUUAUUGCAUAAUUUGUUAUAAAAUUCAGUUGUAAUUAUGAUGUGUUUUGUACAUACAUAUUUUCGGAAAUAUGAAUAACCAAAUCAUCGACUACUUUAUAUCAAUUAUUAGAUUCAUAGAAUUCAUAAAAAUACAUAUAUGUUCUUUUAUGGAGAUUUCAUUAACCUAAUAUUCACAUUAAUCUUUGAAGAGAGUAUAUGAUAAAAUGUUUGUACUUCAUAUCUACAUAUAUGAUAAAAUUGUUCAGGGUGAAUCAAUUUGUGUGAAUUCCAAUGCAUUGGUAUCCGGGUCUCUUGUAAAGAUUGCUGGUCUUCCAGAUCGGCUAAGAGUGUACGGAAUACCUGAGCUUUAUCGAGAAUAGCUUUUAGUUUUAAGACAUCGCGAAUGGCAAUGCAAGUGUGACGAUCUCGUCCCCCAUGCUCAGGGCGACCUGUGUAAGGGUCGGGAUUUGGAAGUUCCAUCAAAUGAAUCAUCUCAGAACCAACCCAAAGCCAUGCACCUCUGUAUGGAAGCUUAUCAUGAGGUCUUGCUUCAUUUAUCUUCAAACCUAAUCAUAUUAAUAAAUAAAAAAGUUUGGUUUUUCUUUUUUUAACUAGAAAAAUAAUCCAUAGAAUUCAACUUGAGCAGAGG